CAGAUGUCGUGCUGUUUCCGCUGCAAAAAAUAAAAUAAAAGCCUGAAUCGCGUCAUUUCCUGCGUCUCCUACAAACCAACAUGGCGGCUGUGGACCUGAGAGAUAACCUGCUGGGGAUCUCGUGGGUGGACAGCAGCUGGGUGCCGAUGCUGAACUCGGGGAACGUGCUGGAUUAUUUCUCAGAGAGGAGCAACCCGUUUUACGACAGAACCUGCAACAACGAGGUGGUGAAGAUGCAGAGACUCACUCUGGACCACCUCAAGCAGAUGGUUGGAGUGGAGUACAUUCUGCUGCACGCUCAGGAGCCGAUUCUCUACAUCAUCAGGAAGCAGCAGAGACAAUCACCUGCACAACUGAUUCCUCUGGCUGAUUAUUACAUCAUCGCCGGUGUGGUGUAUCAGGCUCCUGAUCUCGGGUCAGUCAUCAGCUCCAGAGUGCUGUCAGCAGUUCAUGGGAUCCAGUCAGCGUUUGAUGAAGCGAUGUCGUUCUGCCGUUAUCAUCCAUCAAAGGGCUACUGGUGGCAUUUUAAAGACCAGGAGGAACGAGAGAAAGUAAAGCCUAAGCAGAAGAAGAAAGAGGAGCCGAGUUCACUGUUCCAGAGACAGAGAGUCGACGCACUGCUGCUCGACCUGAGGAACAAAUUCCCUCCCAUGUUCUACCAGCCUAAACCAGGAGAGAAGCCAGUUCCAGUGGAGGUGAAAAAGGAGGCGGAGCUUCCGGCAGAAGCAGCGAAACAGGAAGAGCGAGAGGUGGCCAUUAAACCCCCCGCAGCUUCAGGAACCACUAAACCUCCACCUGAGAAACGAGCACGCCUGCAGUGACACACACACACACACACACACACACACACACACACACACACACACACACACUGCAGUAUUAACGCUAUAUAAUGCUGAAGGUGACCGUUUACCAGAAAUAAAGUGUCCACACUGUCCUUAACCCAGAUGCAGUCGUUCAGCUGAGACGUGUUCGCUGUGUGAAGGCUGAUGUUGCUGACCGUAGCACAGUGAACAUCUUCACAUCUCAUCUUCUUCACCACAAUGUUCCUUCACCAUAUUUUCAGAUCUUUUUCUGUAUGUUUUUUCCCUCCACCUGAACCCUCACCACAAACCUACCCUUCUUAUUUUUCUCUCUUUUUUUUAAACGUUCUUGUAAAUCUUGUGUUUGUUGUGUAAAUAGUGAUUUUUUUUAUACAUCUGGACUUUUGUACAAACUGCAACACAAUACUGAGUGGAAGCUAAUACCUGUCAUUACACAUGUUGCUAAUAGGUGGGUAUGUGCUUUUAUAAAUAAAUCAUUUUUAGAGGUUUGGCUGUUAAAAGGAACAAAAUGAUAAAUUAUGGUUGUAAUUUGUUGAAUAAAUGAUGCGUUGUAGA